UAUAAAUUUCAGGUGUGCAUCAUUCUAUUGCAGCUUCCACACAGACGGCAUCGUGUUCACGAGAUUUUUAACCAGCAAUUCUCAAAUCCAUUUUUAAAUAGAAUCUUUUGUCUUUUUAUUAUUGACUUGUAAGAGCUCUUUAUAUAUUCUGGAUCUCAAACCCUUACCAGAUAUAUCACUUAUAAAGACUUUCUCCCAUUCUCUGGUUCAUCUUUUCACUUUCUUAAUAAUGUCCCUUGAUGCAUAAAAGUUUCAUUUUUAUCAAGCUCACUCCCUAAAUUUUUUAUUUUUUAAAAAGCAUUACUUUUCAUAAAAUAUUACAUUUAUAAUAUAAUUGUAGUGUAUGUCUGAUCACAGUGGCUGCCUCAGUAUUUUUAAAGGUUAAUAAGUGUUCUAAAUUUUCCUCUGAUUAAUCUAUAAUGUGGUCAGUAUUAUCAGGGACUAUAAUCCACAUAAAGCAAAGUCAUUUGGGGUCCUCAGUCCUUUUUAAGAGUGACAAGGGACCCUGGGACCAAAAGCUUGCAUCUGGGGUCGAGGGGCCUCUCACCCACUGAGGCUGUGGGGCCCAGCCCGGCCGUCUCUGAGCUGCUGUUGGAACUUGGGCCAGUGCCCCCUGGGGCAGAGGGCACAGAUCAGGGGGGUCACCCUCCCCCAGCCCCCCCAGGCCGCUGUGACGCUGAGGCCAGACCCACUGGCUCCAGGCCUCCCGUGGGCGCUCUGAACAGCCCCCAGUGUCACCCUGAGACUUCUGGCGGGGCCCGGGCGCCGCAGCAAAGCUAUCUUGGGAUUCACCCUGCGGACCUUAAGCCCAUCUUGGCCGCAUCCCCCUUGGGGAGGGAGGUUCCGGCCCAGCGGGGCCUCUGGGGCUGGGGGUGGGGGGAGGGUGAGCUCCCUUCUCGAAGCCUCCAGGAUCCGUCUUAAUGUCGGGGUCAGGCCAGGGGACACACGGUGGGAUAUUUUUAGAGAGGGAAGGCGUGUGGCCGGCUCUCUGCCCCGUGGGCAGCCUGGCUCGGAGGGGAGGGUGGAGGGGCAGGGAGAGAGAGCAGGAGGAGGGCCGAGGCAGCCGGGGUGACACCUCUCCGCACCCCCCUGUCCGGCUAAUUUAGGCAAAAGGUGACUCGAAGCUAUUUGCAUGGGUGAGAACAGGUGCGGAGCCCCCGCCCACCCGCCCGCCUCAGGCCGCCUCCCCCGGGCCGGCCUCCGGGCUGCCCGGCUUAUAAAGGCGCGUGUUCCUCAAUGACGCCGGGUCGGCCCAGCGAGGUGCCCCGGAGGGAGUUGGAGCGCGAGUCCCCCCGACAUGAAGCACAUCGUGGGCAUCGGAGGCGUGACCAACAGCGGCAAGACCACGCUGACCAGCAGCCUGCUCAGAUCACUGCCCAAUUGCUGUGUGAUCCACCAGGAUGAUUUUUUCAAGCCUCAGGACCAAAUCGCAGUUGGGGAGGACGGCUUCAAGCAGUGGGACGUGCUCGAGUCCCUGGACAUGGAGGCCAUGCUGAGCACCGUGCGCGCCUGGGCGAGCAGCCCCCACAAGUUCGCCCGCGCCCACGGGGUCAGCGUGCAGCCGGACGCUGCCAACACGCACAUCCUCCUUCUGGAAGGCUUCCUGCUGUACAGCUACAAGCCCCUGGUGGAUUUGUACAGCCGGCGGUACUUCCUGACCGUCCCGUACGAGGAAUGCAAGCGGCGGAGGAGUACUCGAAGCUACGAGGUCCCCGACCCCCCCGGCCUCUUUGAUGGCCACGUGUGGCCCAUGUACCAGAAAUACAAGCGGGAGAUGGAAGCCAGCGGCGUGGAAGUCGGUAAGCGCCCGCGGGAGAUGAGGCCUGGCCCUGGGGGAACCCGGAACCCAGCCCCUCCCCAUUGGGACCAUCAGAAUCCUGGAAGUCCCUCCUCGAGUCUCGCCACCAGUCCCUCUUGCUUUGGGCCCCGGAGGCCGGUCUGUUCCAGCAGCCGGACUCUGCAGGUCGGCCUCCUCCUGACCCAGCCGUCGGCCGUCGCCUGUGGGCUGGCCACCUCCCUCUUGGCGGCAGCCCCCUGACCCGGCCCUGACGGUGGCGUCUCCGGUUGCAGUGUACCUGGACGGCACCAAGUCCCGCGAGCAGCUCUUCCAUCAAGUCCUGGAAGACAUCCGGAACUUGCUCCUGAACAGCGUCUAGGCGGGCCGAGGGCAGGGGCCGGCCGGGGUCCCAGGGGCCCAUGCGCCACGCCGGCCACAGGAAGGCCCAGACGGUUGCUGCGUGACUGUCUCCCUCUGGGGAAAUCUGCUCCCGGCUCAGCGUCUCGGGCCCCCGGGGGUCCCCCCGAGAUGCCUUUGCAACCUCACGACCACUUCAGGAUUAAAGCCAGUCCUGUUUUUUAACCAUCGGGGUCCAGCCUGUUGUGUUCCAUUGGGUCGUCGGUGGCCUCUGGGGGCGGUACUGAGAGGUCUGGGCAGUUUCAGUGUCCACGCGUUGGACUCAGGCCCAUGUGACCCAGGGGCCUCCUGGGGGUCCUGGGGGCCUCAGUUUCCCCAAAGGGGACAUUUCCUGCGAGAUUUCAACGGACGGUCACACCAGGGGCUGGGAAGUCGGCCAUGCCGGAGGCCCCCGGCGUCUCCCCCGUGACUGGAGCCGGCACCUAUUUCCUGGGACUCUGGGAAAGCUUUUGCGACCCAGGAUGCCCACAGAGGACACUUCCUGCCCAGAAGCACGUGCCCCUGAGCCCUCCCAGAAACCUCAGUGAGAGAGCUGCUCACGCACACCCAUUUCACAGAUGGGGAAACUGAGGCACAGAGAUGGCCAGCAGCUCUGCAGAGCUGAGAUUUGACCCCGGGUCACCUCAGACCUCGUUCUUUUUGCUCAAGGGAGGCUGGAAGGUCUGGUGGAGACUGGAGCCCCGGGAGCAGGGGAAGGGGGAAGAAAGGGAGAGGACGGGGUGCCCCCUGACCUGAGGUGACACCCUGCGGCAGCAGGAAAAACUCGCAGUCCAGACAGGUUUGGACAAAGCUGGGGAGCAUAGGGAAAUUAUGGGAGAAAAAGAGAAAAGAACCAAUUAUCAUAUAACCCAGCAAUUCCACUCCUAGAAAUACACCCAAAGCAUUGAAAACAGGUGAUCUGACAACAACACGUCCACACAUGUUCACAGCAGCAUGAUUCACAGUCACCAAAAGGUGGAAACAACCCCAAGUGUCCGCCGACACAUGAUGGGUCCACACAGUGUGUCCAUCCACAGCCUGGAAUAUUACGCAGCCGUGAAAAGGAAGGAGGUCCUGACACCUGCUCCAACGUGGACGGACCUGGAGGGCGUGAUGCUCAGGGACGUGAGCCAGACACAGAAGGACACACACUGUGUGGUCCACUCACAGGAGGUCCCCAGAGGAGCCACAUCCACAGAGACAGAAAGUGGAUGGGGGGCCAGGGGCUGGGGGAGGGGUGGGGAGUGACUGCUAAUGGGGCUUCUUUAUGGGGGUGACAAAAUUUUCUAAAAUCGAUUGCACAUCCUACAAAUAGACAAAAAAAAUUCUGAAGUGAACACAUUCCAGGGGUAAAUGUUACGGUACGUUAAUUCUAUCUCAACAAAGCUGUUUAAAAAGUCCUUUAGGAUUGGAUAAGGAAAAACAAAAUACCCAACGUGAAUUUUUUUAUUCAGUGACAUUUUCAACAUUUGUGACUUGAAUCAAAAAAAACGCAUUCAUGCCCGUCUACUCAUUAACAGCACAUUACUGUCAUGGUAACAAAUCGGGCACGUGGCUUCACAGGGCCCUAAACAUUGUUUCAUUCAACAAACAUUUACUGGGUGUGCAGUCUGUCGAUCUGCAGACUGUGGCCCGUGGGCCGAAUCCCGCCCACGGCGAGAUUUUGCACAGGCUACCAGCUAAGCACGGUUUCACAUUUUUAAAUGGUCAGGGGAAAAAAAAAAAUAGCAAGAAGAAUUAAAUUUCGUGACACAUGCAAAUUACGUGGAAUUCAAAUUUCAGCGUCCAGAAAUAAAGCUUUAUUGGCAUGCGGCCACGCGCGUUUUGGAACGUGUCAUCUGCGGCGGGCCUGCGACAGCUGAGCUCGGAAGCUUCCAGAGGGAUCUGCUCGUCUGCAGAGAGGAAACUAUGUACUUUCUGCCCCUUUGCAGAAAAUGCUUGCUGAGCGGCGCCGUGUAGACCAGGUCUGGAGCCGAGGGUCUCAGGGGACAGCUGGGACUGAGGUCGCUGCGUCCCGCCCCGAGCGAGGGCUGGGGCAGGACCCGGAGGAAGCCCUGGGGGGCUGCCAAGCCUCGCCCUUUGCCACGGGCACGGAGCGCGGCAAAGGUGAUCUGCCGGUCACCGGGCCCAAAAUAGUCCAGGAUGGGAUGGGAACCUGGGAGAGGUGGCUCCUGGCAGCCUGAGCCCUGCCCGGCCACCCAGGCACCUGAGUCCUUUCGAGAACAGUGGCAACAGCGUGAGCAACGUGAAAAAAUGGAAGAAAACAAAUGUUGGAGGAUGUGGAGAAAUUGGCCCCUCGCGCGUGGCUGGUGGGAAUGACCGGGCAGCCACUGCAGGAAACGAUCUGGCAGCUCCUCAAAAAAUUAGACAUCGAAUCACUGUAUGACCCCCACAGUCCCACUUCUGGGUGAAUAUCCAAAGAAUUGAAAUCAGGGUCCCAAAGAGACAGCUGCACACCCAUGUUCACAGCAGCGCGAUGCCCAGAACCAAAACUUUCAAACAUCCUCAGUGUCCGUGGAUGGAUGAGGGACCCACACAGUGUGUCCAUCCACAGCCUGGAAUAUUACGCAGCCGUGAAAAGGAAGGAGAGCCUGACACCUGCUCCCACGUGGAAGGACCUGGAGGACGUGAUGCUCAAUGACGUGAGCCAGACACAGAGGGACACACACUGUGUGG